UGUAACUAAUGGUACCUUCCCUAGAGCUGCCUCUGAAGUUCCCUAACAAAUUAGUGCCGAUGACCUGAUAAUUAGUGGGCAUGGCGAUAUGAAACCCCUGUAAAUUUCAGAGCUUCUAGCGUCAACUUGACAUUAGCUUAGCUACCUGGUACAAUACGUAACUUUUUACUUUAGGUACAUUCCAACCUAAUAUUAUUCAACUUAUUUUAUUCACGACAUCUCUUUUUCUUCAGCCUCGCGAAGUAGGCUAAAACAACUAUUACCGAAACCACCACAGACAUGGCUGCUCAACAGCCGCGGACAGGUCUGUCCUUAUACGCUAACCUUCUCGAGCCCGAAGGCGACUCGUCUACCUCCAUAUCCCGCGCUCCAGUAGUGUCGCAAGAAGCGCUGGAAGCAGUGAAGGAGCAAGAAGCAACCAAGAAGCCUAUCGACCCUGCUCUCCGCUUCCAGCCGCACCCGCAGAUCCGCCGCCCGCAACAGAAGACCCAGAAGCCUAAACCCGCCUUCCCAAAAGUGCCCACGGUCCCCAAUGCCUCCAACAUCCCUGGGGUUGUCGCGGCCCCGCCAAAGAGUACGCUAGCCGACUGGGCGCCUACUGAGGAGGACGAGUAUAUGUACGGGACGGUGGAAAGGAGAGCUCGAGGCGGGCGUAAGAAGAAAAAGAAGAAGGCCGAAGAUGUGCCCGUCGAGACGGAUUGGGACGAGAUUUACGACCCUUCGCGGCCGACAAAUGUAGACGAGUACUUGCGGAGUGACGAACGCAUACGCGAGGUACGAGAAUGGAAAGACUUGCUUUACAAGCAUAAGCGGCGCGACGACGACGAUUAUGACAACGACGAGAGGCGCGGUAGCUGGGAUAGCGAGGAGGAAGAUAGGGCUCCAGUACAGAACCAAUUUGCGCCCCCAGGUUCAUAUUCCUUCGCCCCGCCGCCCCCUUCACCUCCCCGAGCUUCGAUACCAGACGACAAGACCGGCGACGAUGCCUACGCACGCCGACUAGCCAUGUCCCAAGGCGCCGUACCUCCACCUCCACGCUCGCCUACACCUCCUCCCCCGCCGCCACCUCCUCCGCCUCCGGCACAAGCAGCGCCACCUCCCGAACUAGAAACCGCAACGAUAUCCCGCGCACCGGUGCGGUAUACCCAACCACAACCUCCGGCGCCUCCCGAUCCAGACGCCAUGGACGAAGACCGGGACGAGGACGAAUACGUACCCCCCGACCUGCCGUCUAACUCCGAAGAAGCGCCCGAACAGCGUGCCAACAACACUCGAUCCCGCGAUAAGGGCUUCGCCGCGCGCCUCAUGGCCAAGUACGGCUGGUCCAAGGGCCAGGGUCUAGGCGCCGAGGCCACCGGCAUCCUGCAGCCGCUGCGCGUGGAGGUCGAGAAGCGGAAGAAGAAGUCGGACGCGGAAGGCGGCGGGUGGGCCGGGCCCGGCGGGCGCGGGCGCAUCAUCGGCUCGAAGACGGGCGAGGCAGCGCAGCAGCAGCAGCAAUCCGAGGGCAGCAGCAGCAGCAGCGGAAAGAGCAAGUUCGGACCGAUGAGCAACGUCGUCGUGCUGCGGAAUAUGCUGGAGGGCAUGGAGGACCUCCAGGCCGAGAUGGAGUCCGGGCUCGGGCAGGAGAUCGGCGAGGAGUGCGGCGAUAAGUACGGCCGCGUCGAGAGGCUGUAUAUCGACGUCGAGGGCCGCCGGGUUUAUAUCAAGUUCACCGAUCAGGUCUCCGCCUUACGGGCUGUAAAUGCUCUAGACGGCCGCAUAUUCGCCGGUAACACUAUCCAGCCGCAGUUCUACGACGUGGACAAGUUCGAGCAGAGAAUAUACGAGUAAUGCAAUUAGGUUUUACCUUAGAGGUUGGGUACUCCAGGAUGCCUCUCGGUGGAGAGAGUUAUCUAAGAGUAAAAUAAAGGAGAGCUUCGCAUUUGCAUGAGUUAGCUAGAGAGCUGUCCGUAAUAUAUACCUAAGGUUAGGUACCUAGGUAUAUAUCUUAAUGAUUACCUAUAUACAAAGAUCAAAAGCCUUGGUUCUAUAACUACCUCAUAUAUAACUGGCCUACAAUGUUUCCCAUAACAAGAACGAGUAAUGUUAGAGACUCAAGCGUGGGUGUAUGUAUAUAAGAUAAGACAAAUAAAUAGACCCAUUAAAGGGAGGCCAGACUUGUUGAUUCCGGUUAGCUACCUCCUAUAUAAGAAGACCGCUUUUAGGAUGAACAUUUAAUGAACAAUUAUGAAGCUCUAGGAUUCACGUAAACUUUGAAGUAUCAACUGGGUAAACUGCUUAUAUAUAUAAUCGAGUCAUGUUUUCAUACCGGGUAUACUAUAGUACCUCCUAUUGAAGCCUUCGGAAU